UUCUCAAAUGCAUCAGUGUGAGCACAGAAAGCAACACAGACCAACCUUACAAAAUGAUGAAGCUGGUGGUGUUGUCUUGCGUGUUGGCGGCGGCCUCUGCCACAAACCUGUUGGCUGGCUAUGUGGCGCCAUGGGCUUAUGCCACUCCCUUAAUUCAACCAUACAACUACCGGGGACCACUGUCUCUUGCUCCGGGACAGCCCGCUAACAUUUUGGGCGCUGAUGGGCGGCCUUUGGAUACUCUUGACGUCAACUUGGACCGGUCAGCUCAUCUCACUGCCAAAGCUCUAGAAAACGGAUUCCACGUUUUGAAGAAACGGUCUGUCUACGCGGCUCCUCUGCCCGCCGCCUAUGCCGCCCCCCUUGCCUACUCCGCACAUUUUGCUUACUCGGCGCCUGUCGCCUUCGCUGCGCCUCUCAUCCAGCCUUCCAACUACCGUGGACCUCUGUCACUCGCUCCCGGCCAGCCCGCUAACAUCUUGGCCGCUGACGGCAGGCCUCUCGACACCUUGGACGUAAACUUGGACCGCGCUGCCCAUUACACUGCUAAGGCUCUGAACGGUGCUCAUAUCCUCAAGAAACGGUCGGCCUUCCUCGCCCCUGUAGCUCCCGUCGUCAGCCACUACACCGUCGCCCGGACUCCACUGAUCGCCUCUACAUACUCCUACAGCACACCUAUUGCCCGGAUAAACCACCUUUCAUACGCUUCCCCUGUUGUCCGGUAUUAUUAAGUAAUAACUAAAAGCGCUUUAACGACUUACAGCCCAACCUACACAGAGCAGGCCGUGUACUAUAAAUCAACGACCCAUUAUUAAUGAAUAAGAACUGAUGUAAAUAAAAUUGAAAAAUAUAUAUAUAUUUGAAAAAAAUAACAGAA